AUGGAGGUGCCUCUCGUUAAUUUUGAAAACAUGGAUGAUGUGGGUAUCAACCUGGGUGACCCAAGUGACUCUGGAUACCCGACCUCACCCACCUCAGAGGCACCGGAUCAGAAUCUCCUUACACAUCGUCUUUCAUCACCUCAUCAGUCGCCGCUAAGAGGGAGAAGGCGGCAUUUGUCUGGACACGAGGGGCUGUCCCCGACCUCCCCUACAACUGUGACCACCAAAGCAAACUCCAGCAGUGGCAGUCUGAUUUCCAAUCUGAAGCUCCUCAUUAACAGUGAGUCUCCCACAGACAGCGUCUUUAGUAAAAUGGUCAAAGACUGCUAUGAGAAUGAGGAUCUCUUUGACAAACGCUGCUUAGAAGAAAGAGAUGAGAAAGUUGUUAUCAAUAUCUCAGGCCUCAUGUUUGAGACUCAGCUCAGCACACUAAAUAAGUUUCCAGAAACACUUCUUGGUGACCCGAUGAAGAGGAUAAGCUACUUUGACCCAAUGAGAAAUGAGUACUUUUUUGACAGAAACCGCCCAUCUUUUGAUGGCAUUCUUUACUACUAUCAAUCCGGAGGCAGACUCCGGAGACCGGCAAAUGUUCCUUUAGAUGUUUUUGCAAAUGAAAUACUUUUCUAUGAGCUGGGUCAUGAGGCCAUGGAGCAGUUCAGAGAAGAUGAGGGAUUUAUCAAGGAGCCCGAAGUUCUUUUGCCUACCAAUGAACUCAAACGACAGUUCUGGCUGUUGUUUGAAUACCCCGAAAGCUCCAGUGCAGCCAGAUCAGUGGCUCUCGUCUCUGUAUUUGUAAUCGUUAUCUCUAUUUUCAUCUUUUGCCUGGAGACUCUCCCAGAGUUCAGAGAGGACACUGACACCGCCGCAAGUGUUGCGCACUUUGACAAUGGGACUCAGGACAGCGCUGCCACACAACCCAAAGACAUAAUGGCAUUUAUCACAGAUCCAUUUUUUAUUGUGGAGACCAUUUGCAUCAUUUGGUUUUGCUUUGAAGUGGGUGUCCGUUUCGUGGUUUGCCCCAGCAAAAGUGAUUUUUUCAAUAAUAUUAUGAACAUUAUUGACAUAGUAUCAAUAAUUCCUUAUUUUGUAACACUGGGAACUGAGCUGGCAGCACCCCCUGAAGAUGAUGAUGGAAACUCCAAUCAAAACAUGUCAUUAGCCUUUAUUCGGAUAAUCAGGCUUGUGAGAGUUUUUCGCAUUUUUAAGCUCUCGCGCCACUCAAAAGGACUUCAGAUCUUGGGACAGACCUUGAAAGCCAGUAUGAGGGAAUUGGGGCUUCUUAUCUUCUUCCUUUUUAUAGGAGUCAUCUUGUUCUCAAGUGCCAUCUACUUUGCAGAAGUGGAUGAACCUCAGACACAGUUUGUGAGCAUCCCUGAUGGCUUCUGGUGGGCGGUGGUAACAAUGACCACAGUAGGAUAUGGAGACAUGUGCCCAAUUACAAUGGGGGGCAAAAUGGUUGGUACUCUGUGUGCCAUUGCUGGUGUUCUGACCAUUGCCCUGCCCGUCCCAGUCAUCGUCUCCAACUUUAACUAUUUUUACCAUCGAGAGACUGAGCAGGAGGAGAAACAGAUGAUGGAUGCUGCCGCUGAGGCAGCUCAAAAAUCAUCAGCUGCAAAUAAGUAUGGGAGCACGCCUUCACUCAGUAAAAGUAAUGGGACAUGGCAGAAUGAGAAGAAUGGUAUGCACUGA